AUGGACGACGACGCACCGCUGCCCGCCUUGUCGCCCCUGCCGCGCCGCCCCUUCGGGGAGCGCAACGCGGGGGCCGUCGCCUCGCCCGGGGCGACGCAGGACUACGACGAGCGCGCGCAGCGCCGCAUCAUGCCCGACGACCCGGGCUUCGUCGGGCGGGGCGCGCUUGCCGCGGCGCGCGAGCGCCGCGAGGCGCAGCCGCGCGAGACGGAGCAGCCCCCGGAGCAGCCCCAGCGCGCGGGCGAGGAGGGCGCGCGCGUGCAGCAGCGCGCGGACGAGGAGGCCGUCCAGGCCAUCAUGGACGACUUCGCCGAGUUCGACGACUUCGAGUUCGAGCAGCAGGAGGAGGAGGUGCGCACGGUCGAGCAGCCGCCGCUGGAGCGGCCGCGCCGGCCGCGCGCGGUCCAGGACCGCUCGACGCCAUGGAAAGCCGCGUUCAAGUGGGUGAAUGGCGUCUGUCUGGGAGACAAUCCGCUUCUGACGUUGGACGAGGCGAAGGCGUCGCUCUGCCGUGAUGGUUCUACCUGGACGAAGGGCGGCCACGACACGCGCAAGACUGGCACGUGCAACUAUUGGGAGGAGUGGCGCUGCUGUUGGAAGGCGAAGCUCGGCUGCAAAUGCGUCAUCAAAGUCGAGAAUCGCCCAGUGUCCGUGUGUUUUUCGUGUGUCGCGGCGCCGACGCUCGCGGCGCCGACGCUCGCGGCGCCGACCUUCGACCUUCGACCUUCGCGCCCCGCAGGUACAGCAUGA